AUGGUGAACCCGUCGGUGCUCCGAUCCUUACGCUCAGCCGUGGCUUGUGGCUCCUCUUUUCUUGCACGCCGUGGGUAUUCCAGCGAUGCAAUCCCUGAACGGAAAGUGGCCAUACUCGGAGCCGCCGGUGGGAUUGGUCAGCCCCUAUCAUUGUUGAUGAAGCUCAAUCCCCAUGUCUCAAGACUUUCACUUUACGAUAUAGCUGGAACCCCCGGUGUCGCGGCUGAUGUAAGCCACAUUAACACAAGAUCUGAGGUGGCCGGAUAUCAAGGUGAAGAUGAGCUUGGGAAGGCUUUGGAAGGAUCAGAUGUUGUUAUUAUUCCCGCUGGUGUGCCCAGAAAGCCUGGAAUGACACGUGAUGAUCUUUUUAACAUUAAUGCGGGCAUCGUCAAAUCACUCUGCAAUGCUAUUGCCAAGUACUGUCCGAACGCACUUGUUAACAUGAUAAGUAAUCCUGUGAACUCCACUGUUCCAAUUGCCGCUGAGGUUUUCAAGAAGGCAGGGACUUACGAUGAAAGGAAGUUGUUUGGGGUUACUACCCUUGAUGUUGUGAGGGCAAAAACUUUCUAUGCUGGGAAGGCAAAAGUUCCAGUUUCUGAGGUUAAUGUGCCUCUCGUAGGUGGCCAUGCAGGCAUUACUAUUCUCCCCCUAUUUUCUCAAGCAUCGCCAAAAGCCAAUCUAGGAGAUGAUGAUAUUAAGGCUCUGACAAAACGAACACAAGAUGGAGGAACAGAGGUUGUGGAAGCAAAGGCUGGAAAGGGCUCUGCAACAUUGUCAAUGGCCUAUGCUGGAGCACUUUAUGCUGAUGCUUGCCUCAAAGGACUCAAUGGGGUCCCAGAUGUGGUUGAGUGCUCAUUUGUGCAAUCCGGUGUCACUGAGCUGCCUUUCUUUGCUUCAAAGGUGAGGCUUGGGAAGAAUGGUGUGGACGAAGUUCUGGGCUUGGGUCCUCUUUCGGAUUAUGAACAACAAGGCCUGGAUAGCCUUAAGUCUGAACUCAAAGCAUCAAUUGAGAAAGGAAUUAACUUUGCCAACAAGAACUAGUGAACUUUCCAAUAGAUGUCUGGCAGGUUUUGUGAAUAUACUAUACAGAACUAAUUGAAGAUUUGCAGUAUAAGGACCAUCAGUGUAAUGAGUGACCGGCAUGGUUGGUGUCGGUUUGUUGUUUUGUUUAGAUUAGGUGUACACCGCGAUUCAAUAAUGUGAAUCUCUGAGAGCAGUUAGUUGCCGAGGGUACAUAAAUCCUGUUGACAAGAUUGGAGAAUAUUGGCUCCAA